AUGCCCUCAGCAACGCCGAGGUCUACCCUCGCCAUCAGACCUCGACCACUUACAGAAUCACAACCACCCAUAAAUCGAAAACACGCACCUUGCACUUCAUAUCCAGAAAGUUCCCCUCUUGACAAUUUCUCCUUCUAUAAUACUCCUACAACUUACUCGGAUCGCCCAUCAAAACGAUCCAUGACCACUCCAUCGAAAACUAUCGCUGUCGUCAAUUCGUCUGGACGACAGGCUGCAUCAUUUAUCCGCGUUGCUAGUGCAGUGGGCUAUAAUGUACGAGCUCAGUUGCGAAACCUUGAUGGGAUAGUAGCUUCGGAAAUUUCAUCACUUCCAAAUGUUACUGUCCUAGUAGGCGACCUUUUCAUCAAACGAUCUUCCUCUUCAUCACCAACAUUAGAUCCCGAGACUACCAAAUUAAAUGAUGCACUCAUUCGAGAUCUUUUCCAUGGAGCGCAAUUAGCAUUUAUCAAUACUACAUUUUGGGGCGAUGAAUAUGCUAUUGGUUGCGCCUUGGCCGAUGCCGCCGCCGCGGUUGGUAUAGAGCAUUACGUCUAUUCAUCUAUGCCUAACCACUCUGUCGUCAACUCUUCAUGGCCAUCGCUCCCCUUAUGGUCCGAGAAAUACGCGGUCGAAACCUACAUUCGAACGAAACUUCCUUGCCUACGAUCAACUUUCCUCUACACCGGAAUUUACAACAACAACUUCACAUCACUACCAUACCCGUUAUUUUGCAUGGCCCUGCAACCCGAUGGAUCUUUUGAGUGGCAAGCUCCUUUCCAUCCGGAUGUACCUUUACCGUGGCUGGACGCUGAGCACGAUGUCGGACCUGCAGUUUUACAAGUAUUUAAGGAUGGACCACCUGCUUCUUUCUCGAAUCCUCGUCGCAUCCCUCUCGCUUAUGAGUUUCUCUCUCCCAAACAAGCUUGCGCCGCCUUUGCCCGCGGUGUCGGCCGUCCUGUAAUAUACAAACAUAACCCCGAUAUCGAAGUACGAGUUAAGAUACCAAAAGGAUAUAAAGAGCAAUUAGUAGCAUUGGAAAGGAUGUAUUCGUUAGGGAAAGACGACCUAAAACUUCAACCUCCUUACUUUGCCGAACAGGAAUUGGAGGAUAAGGUUCCAGAAGAGGCUUUGAAGCUAUGGGAGGGAUAUCGAGGUCUAGAGGAAUAUGCCCGAGAAGUUUUCCCAUUGGAAGAAGCUGCAAAUGGAUUAACGUGGAUGGUGGAGGAAAAUUAUGAGGAUAGGACAUAUACACCCAAUGAAGUGACGAAUGGUGGAGUGGACGACAAUCCCAACUAUGAAGAAGAAGAUGACGACGAUGAUGGUCUGACUAUAGGUGGAGGACUCGGUACAUCUGGUGAAGCUACCCCCGCAAGAAAAGAAGAGACAUGGUUAGCAUGA